AUGGCAGUGGCAGCAGCUCUGACCGGACUCCAAGCAGAAGCCAAGUGCUCCAUCUGUCUGGAUUACCUGCGUGACCCCGUCACCAUCGAAUGUGGGCACAACUUCUGUCGUUCCUGCAUCCAACAGUCCUGGCUGGAUCUACAGGAAUUGUUCCCUUGCCCUGUCUGUCGUCACCAAUGUCAAGAGGGGCACUUCAGGAGCAACACUCAGCUGGGAAGGAUGAUUGAAAUUGCCAAGCUACUCCAGAGCACCAAGGGCAAUAAAAGGAGGCAGGAAGAGACAACCUUGUGCGAGAAACACAACCAGCCCCUGAGCGUUUUCUGCAAGGAGGACCUGGUGGUGUUGUGUCCCCUGUGCACUCAGCCCCCUGACCACCAGGGCCACCAUGUGAGGCCCAUAGAGAAAGCUGCCAUUCAUUAUAGGAAAAGAUUCUGCAGUUACGUCCAGCCCCUGAAAAAGCAGUUGGCAGACCUCCAAAAAUUAAUAAACACUCAAAGCAAAAAGCCCUUAGAACUGAGAGAGAUGGUGGAAAAUCAAAGGCAGGAAUUAUCCUCUGAAUUUGAGCACCUCAACCAGUUUUUAGACCGUGAACAACAGGCAGUUCUCUCCAGAUUAGCUGAAGAAGAGAAGGACAACCAACAGAAACUCAGUGCAAACAUAACAGCAUUUUCAAACUACAAUGCCACACUCAAAAACCAGUUAAGUAAGGUAGUAGAGCUCAGCGAGCUGUCUGAACUGCAAUUGCUGUCACAAAUUAAAAUUUUCUAUGAGUCUGAAAAUGAGAGUAGCCCAUCGAUCUUUUCAAUUCAUUUAAAGAGAGAUGGCUGCAGUUUUCCUCCCCAGUAUUCUGCUCUGCAGAGAAUUAUAAAGAAAUUUAAAGCAGAUAUAGUUCUAGACCCUGAAACAGCACACCCUAACCUGAUUGUAUCUGAAGAUAAAAAAUGUGUGAGAUUUACAAAGAGAAAACAAAAGGUUCCUAGUUUCCCAAAAAGAUUUACAGUCAAGCCAGUUGUUCUAGGUUUUCCAAGUUUUUAUUCUGGCAGGCAUUUCUGGGAGAUUGAAGUGGGGGAUAAGUCAGAAUGGGCUAUUGGCAUUUGCAAAGAUUCUCUUCCCACAAAGGCCAGGAGACCCUCAUCAGCCUCGCAGGAAUGUUGGAGAAUUGAGCUGCAAGAUGACGGCUAUCGUGCACCAGGGGCUUUUCCAACCCCUCUAUUGUUAGAGGUGAAAGCCAGGGCCAUUGGCAUUUUCCUGGACUAUGAGAUGGGUGAGAUCUCAUUCUAUAACAUGGCUGAGAAAUCUCACAUCUGUACUUUCACUGACACUUUUACUGGACAUCUUCGGCCUUAUUUCUAUGUAGGACCAGAUUCACAACCUCUCAGAAUCUGUACAGGGACAGUUUGUGAAUGA